AUGGCGGACUUGAAGGACAAGGUCGUGCUCGUGACCGGCACUUCAAAUGGCAUCGGCGCCGCAACUGCCCAACUAUUCCUCUCCCAUGGAGCCAAAGUCGCCGCAUUAGACGUCGUGGACGCCUCGGACUCAUCAAGCCCCGACCUGCUCAACAUCAAAUGCGACGUCUCCUCCGAAGAAUCGGUCAACGCCGCCAUCACACAAGUCUUGAAUAAAUGGCCUACCAUUGACAUCGUUUGCAAUGUCGCUGGUGUUAUGGAUCAGUUCGAACGCACAGGAGACAUCUCAAACGAGAUGUGGAACCGCGUACUGAAUGUCAACCUCCAUGGCCCGCUGAACGUCAUGCGCGCUGCUAUCAAGCAUUUCCUCACCAAGGAGGCCGAGCAGAAAGGCCGGAUUGUCAACGUCGGCUCGCUCGCCUCCGUGAAAGGCGGCACCGCAGGGGUUGCCUACACGACCUCCAAGCACGCGUUACUCGGCCUUUCUCGCAACACGGCAUGGAUGUACGCUAAAGAGGGAAUUCAAACAAACAUCCUGUUGCCCGGUGGCGUUGCAACAGAGAUCAUGAAGAACAGCAGGGUGCUUCCGGAUAAGGUAGGUUUGGACACGGUGAUGCCGACCAUGGCGACACAAUGUGGGAAUUGCGACCCCAUUGACGCGGCGAAUGCAAUCUUGUUCCUGGCAACCGCUGUGGGAUUGAACGGCGCAGAAUUACGCAUUGAUAAGGGCUGGUCAGUGGCUUGA